UUGUCAAUAUUCAUGCAGGCAGCGGUGACCGUACACAUUGACGAAUGGACCGGAUUACUUUUACAACAUCAAAUAUUCGAGCUAGGCCGAGGCAUGAAAAGUCGACGGGCCUUUUCAACGGAUAGUGACAUUUUGAAGGUUAUUAGAAUGUUACGUCAGUUACAACAUAGUUUCUGCAACAUAUACAUGACGUCUCGAGAUUCGAAAAUGGCUCUCUAACACGGUUUUGUGGAGGGUGUGGUCCAUUUAACAAAAAGCUGUGGAGCCCAGCAGGCAGGAUGGAGAAAAAGAAACGCACAAUCCGGAUUAUUGAAUGGGAAGACCUGGACAAAAAGAAGUUUUACUCCCUGGGCAUUUUCAUGACCAUGACCACACGGGCUACGGUCUACCCGUUCACCCUCAUCCGCACUCGGCUGCAGGUUCAGAAGGGCAAGUCCCUUUACACUGGCACUUUUGACGCCUUCUACAAGAUCCUAAAAGCAGAAGGUGUGCAAGGUUUAUACCGAGGCUUCAUGGUCAACACCUUCACCUUGAUAUCAGGCCAGGCCUACGUCACAACGUAUGAACUGGUCAGGAAGUAUGUGUCCCAGUACUCAAGCAAUAACACAGUGAAGUCUCUGGUGGCGGGUGGGGCAGCCUCUUUGGUGGCCCAGACCAUUACUGUUCCUAUAGACGUGGUUUCUCAGCAGCUGAUGAUGCAAGGACAGGGGGGGCACCUGAGCCGCUUUAAGGUCAAGCCCAAAGCAACAGCAGUGGCAACGUCCAAGGGCAAACUGACUUUUGGACAAACCAGGGACAUUGUGGUGCAGAUAUGCGCCGCUGAUGGUUUCCGGGGAUUUUACAGGGGAUACGUGGCCUCUCUCCUCACCUACAUCCCAAACAGUGCAGUGUGGUGGCCAUUUUAUCAUUUUUAUGCAGAGAACCUUUCCAAACUAGCACCCAGCGAUUGUCCACACCUCCUUCUGCAAGCCAUAGCUGGGCCAAUGGCAGCGGCGACUGCCUCCACAAUCACAAAUCCAAUGGAUGUUGUUCGGGCCAGAGUCCAGGUUGAGGGCAGGUCGUCUGUUAUCGAAACCUUUAAGCAGCUGUUGAAAGAGGAAGGACCCUGGGGGAUGACCAAGGGACUGUCAGCCCGCAUCAUCUCCUCCACGCCCACAGCCGUGGUCAUUGUUGUGGGAUACGAGACCCUUAAGAGACUCAGCUUGCGGCCUGAGCUGGUCGACUCAAGACACUGGUAAAAGUCAAAGGGACAACAAGAAAUAGACCAGAGUUAGUAGCUGGGGAUACCUGGUCCGUCAUAUAAACGAUUCAGAUUUGCCUUUUAGAAAUGCUUUCCUUUGCCUUUGUGAUGUUUUAAUAAUAAUGAAUUUGAUUUAUAAAGCGCCUUUCUACCUGUUUUGGUUUCCUCAAAGCGCUUUACAUAGUAAGCAGCAAAAUCAUCCACCACCAAUUGGUUGCACCCAUUCAUGCCAGAAGACUCACCACACAUCAGCUAUAUGGGGGCGAGGAGUGAUAUAUAUUAACAUAUAUAAAUAUAUACACACAAACACGCACAUGCAUACAGUGGCUCUCAAAAGAAUUCACCCCUUUGGACUUUUCCACAUUUUACUGAGAUACAACUUAAAAUCUAAAUGGAGUUUUUUUUUCCACCACUGAUCAACACAAAGUCCAUAAUGUAAAAUAGUAAAUUAUGCAAAUUAAAUAAAUUACACAAUACAAAACAGAAAAUAAUUGAAUGUGUUCACCCCUUUCAGUAAAUAUUUGGGAGUCUAUUUGGGUCUCUACCAGCUGUGCACAUUGGGACGUAACACUUUUUUGCCCAUUCUUAAAAAAUUAUUCAAAAUCUUUCAAGUUGGAUUGGGACCUGUGGUAAACAGCAAUUUUCAACUCUUUCCACAUAUUCUCAAAUGCAUUGAGGUCCAGUCUUUUUCAUGUUUUUAAGGCAUUUUAGUGUGGCUUUCACUUUAUAUUUGGGGUAAUUGUCUUGCUGGAAGAUGAAACUUCUACCAAGACUUCAGCAGGUUUUCUUCCAGGAUUUGUCAGUACUUUGCUGCAUCCAUUUCAUCUUCACAGGCUUUCCAGGCCCUGUUUCAGAGAAACAUCCCAUAACAGGAUGCUGCCACCACCAUGCUUUAUGGGAGGGAUGGUUGUGCAGUAAGGCUUGAACCAAACAUAGCGCUUUGCGUUGAGGACAAGAAGCUCUAUGUUGGUCUUAUCAGCCCAUAGAAUCAUAUUCCACUUGAUCUCAGAAUCUCUGUCAUGCCUUCUGGCAAACUCCCAGCAAAAUGUUUUUCUUUUUGACACUCCCAUAAAGGCAACUUUUGUGAAGCAAACAGCACCUGGGAUGUUGUUGCAGUAUGCACAGUGUCUGCUUUAUAGUUGCCAUAUGCCUCUUGUUGGCCUCCCUGCCUAGUGUUUGGAUACUCUGUUUUUGAGAUGGCCUGUUCUAGAAGGUUGUACAGUUUAUAUUCAUAUAAUGUUUUACAGUUAAUAUAGUGCCUUAUUCUACUAACCAACUGGUGGUCAUCCCAGAGACUGGUGUAUUUCACCUGAAAUCAUUUGAUAUGUGUAAUUGUACAGAGGUGGACUCCUUUGAAAUUAUGAUGUGACUUCUAAAGACAAUUGUUUGUACCAAAGCUCAUUCAGCUGUGCCACAGCAAGGGGGGUGACCACUUACACAUUCACUAUUUGUUUUAUAUUUGUAAAUAAAUUUACAACAAUUUGAAGAUUCAAUGACAUGGCUGGUUUCUAGUGUUACUGAUUAAAUCCAUUUAGAUUUUAUGCUGUAACAUUGAAAUCUGGAAAAGUCACAGAGGGGUUAAUACUUUUGAGAGCUACUGUAUGUCUAUACAUAUGGGAGGCUGGGGAAUUUUAUCAUUGUGUUUUGAGGUAACUGGAGAAAUUGUUACUUUUGUUUUCAAGGAAUAUAUGUGUAUAUAUUUUGUCAGUCUGUAAGAGUUGUCUAGCGAAGGAGAAGUUAACUUUGGUAGACAUUCAAUUUAAAGAUUGAGAAUUAAUUCAUCCUUCAUACCUGGUAAAUAUGCCUAACACUCUUGCAGGGGGAAAUGUUGGUGGAUAAUGUAGCUCCAUUAUACAUAAUGAAUGACCAACUGCCUCUAUUUAAUGUACAGACAGUACCACCUACUCCUGAUGCAAUAUACCAUAAAGACGGGUUGUAAUGAUCAUUUAUACAGUAAUGCAUUCUGGGAAUUAAAUACCAUUAAAUAUCACGAUGCAAGGCAAUUAGUUCAGUCUGUUCGCAGCCAUCUGCAACAUUGGCUGCUAAACUGUUGCAUCAGCAGUAAGCCCAACAUGAGCCAACUGGAGGCAAGUCGGGAACCACUUGUGUGGUUUUCCAUCUUAGCACUGUCAGUAUAGUUAUUGUUUAUACGCGUUUCUAAAAAUGUCAAUUGUACUCCAAACUACCAUAUUACACAUUCACACAAGUGUUCAGUUCAUUGGUUAGAGAGGAGUUUGAAACUCAUAAAAGCUCCCUUGUCCUUUUGAAACAUGGUAUGGCGUUUCACCUUAAAUGACAACAAUUAUAUUUAUGAUUUGUACAUUUCAUGAAUAUUGUGCAGAUUUUGUGAAAUUGUUGUUUUUAACGUAUCCUCCUGUUUCCUGUAAGAGUUGUAGAUGGAUUUAUGUUGUACAUUUGUGAAAUUAAGUUUGUUCUGUAGUCAGAUUUGCCCAUCUAUUCAUACAUUCCCCAAAUUUAAGACAUUUGGCUCGGAGAUAUUUGGUGCCAGGCUUAAUUGUGAAGUAUCCCAAAAACCUAAUAUGUUAAUGAUUAAGAAUUUUCCUCAGAGAAAAGGUCAUUAUCAUCAACUAUUUCAGGAAGAAACAUGUUUGUAUUAUAGUUCUUUUUACACUGUUUGGUUUAAAUCAUUCACAUCAGUAUAUUUGCACAAAUGUUAUUUGAACAUGCUAAAUGUCAAAUACCAAGUGCAAAUGAUUGUCACUUUGCACAGUUUUUUCUUUUAAAACACCAGCAUCACUUGCUCUGAA